UUGUGAUACAACACUCCCCCCUGUGGUCCAGUCUACGGCAGCCACGCAGUUCCAUCAUGGCGGCCCAAGUUCGUACUCUGGUGUCAGCUCAGUGGCUUUUAGAUGCCAUCAGAAACAACCGCAUCGGUCCAAAUCUCCGGAUCCUUGACGCGUCUUGGUACCUUGCGAAAACCAAGCGGGACCCCAGAGCUGAGUUCGCCCAGUCCCAUAUCCCUGGCGCCUCCUAUUUUGACAUUGAUGACUGCUGUGAAUACCACCCGGAGCUGGAUCACAUGCUGCCAACUUCGGAGCGCUUUUCUGAGUACGUAGGGAAACUCGGAAUCGGGAACGAGACGCACGUAGUUGUGUACGACACCCACGACUUCGGUGCGUUCAGUGCGCCCCGGGUUUGGUGGAUGUUCCGACUGUAUGGCCACAAUAUGGUGUCGGUUCUGGACGGUGGAAUGAAGAAUUGGCUGCAAAAUGAGUACCCCGUGACAGCAGAGUACACUAAACCCGAGCCCCAGAAGUUUGAAGCCUCCCUGAAUAAGUCCUGGGUGAAGACCUAUGACGAUAUUAUGCAAAACGUCCAGACCAAGAGUGUGCAGGUGGUUGAUGCCAGGUCUGCGGGCAGAUACAGAGGCACGGAGCCAGAGCCCAGGGAUGAUGUUCUGCCUGGCCAUUACCCCGGUACUAUCAACAUACCCUUUAACUCACUCUUGGACGAGUCUGGGAAAGUGCUUCCAACUGAAGACUUGGCAAAGAUGUUCAAAGAGGCAGGUGUGGACCUCCAGAAGCCACUGUGGGCCACCUGUGGAUCUGGGGUCACUGCUUGUGUCGUUAUUUUAGGUGCUCACCUGCUUGGGCACCCUGGGCCCUGUCUGUAUGAUGGCUCCUGGACUGAAUGGUUUAAAAAGGCACCUCCAGAAUACAUAAUUUCUGAAGGACAAGCCAAGUGAAAGCUGCUUUGUUUUUGUAAUUUAGUUUUGUAACACAUUUAGACAAUGUGUAUAAAAAAUGUUUUUGGGGGAUUUUUUACAAGUUUCAGGGUCAAUUACAACUGCAUAAUUGUUGCAAUAGUAAAGCUUGUCUCUAACACAAGGGCAAGUGGAGAGGAGGUUGAAAGUAAUUCAGUCAUUUACUCCACAAGAUGCGUUAAGAAAUGUUGGAAUAUUGCUAGUCAUAGAUGUAGGAUUCAUCUAAAAAAACAAAAAGUUGGGUGAGUAAAUGAACCAAUUCAUUAUGAUGAUACUUUUAAUCUACCAUGAUCAAGGUUCCACACUGCUAGUAAUUGAUGAUUAUGCACUACAGAUGGAACAAUAAAGAAUAAUAUUAUAAUAAAAAAGUUAGACAAUAA